AACAAAACUUGGGAACUUUCUUUACCCAUCACUACAAGCCACCAAAAGAAUAAACACAAAAUGCUCUUUCAGUUUCAAUUGUUAUUAACAUUUUUAUGAACCUGGGUCACUCUACUUCUUACAUUCAUGCAAAUCCAUUACUUCCCAUUUGAUUAAUUUAUGGUUUAUUCACCAUUAACGUUGCUAUGGGCGCUCAGAAGAGCAUCCAUGCUGGCAAAGCCAAGAUUGAUGUUAAUGUUGAUUUCACUCACAAACUUUGUGCUUCUUUGAUGUUUCCUCCUCCCAGGAACACUGCCAGUCCCCUUUCUCUUGUAAUUGGCAGUCUAUGCAUUAAACAUCCAAAUUUAUUUGGUGGAAGUGAGAAGCUUGAUGUAUCUUGGGAUAAGGGGCUUUAUGAUUCAAAUGUGUUGUUAGCUUAUAGAAGGCCAAGACCUGAAUGGCUUUCUCAACAGUGUUUUGUUGUUCAGCAUUCUCUUUCACCAGAAAUUGGGGUCCAUGGAGUUCCCAUUGACAAUUUUUCCCGCUCAGGGAGUGGAGGAGUGAAUUUGUCUCGUUUAUCACUUGGGUUAGAUAUGAGUGAACCUACAAGUUCCAGAUGGAGCAGCACGACUAGUAUAAAAUUUGAGCAUGUUCGUCCUGUGAAUGAUGAUUGGCGCUGUAUAAGUAGAGAUCUUGAUGGGUUUCCUGUGACUUGCAGUGGUAGCACCUCUGACAAUAUGUUAGUUUUAAAGCAAGAGUCUCGAUAUGCAAAGGCAAAUGAUCACAGUUUUUCUCGUUUUAGCAUGCAAAUAGAACAAGGAAUCCCAGUGCUGUCAAAGUGGCUAAUCUUCAAUAGGUUCAAAUUUGUUGUAUCAAAGGGUUUUAAACUUGGACCAGCAUUUCUCUUGACUAGUCUGACAGGUGGCUCCAUAGUUGGGGACAUGGCUCCUUAUCAAGCAUUUGCAAUUGGGGGUCUUGGUAGUGUGAGAGGAUAUGGCGAGGGUGCUGUUGGAUGUGGACGAUCAUGUCUGGUUGCUAAUACUGAAUUAACAUUCCCUCUGAACAAGAUGUUGGAAGGUGCUGUUUUCUUGGAUGGUGGUACUGACUUGGGCUCUGGUCGUCAAGUACCAGGAAAUCCAGCAGUGAGACAAGGCAAACCAGGAUCCGGAGUAGGUCUUGGAUAUGGCCUGCGAUUUAGGUCUCCUUUUGGUCACAUGCAGCUUGAUUGUGCUGUCAAUUCAUUCCAACAGAAAACAGUCUACUUCGGCAUCACCAAUCUUGCUCCAUAAAGGUCUUUCGCCUGAAGAAAUUUGCAAAUUUCAUGUGUUUUCCUCACCUGAGUAAAAAGAUGAUCCCCGAAUUGGGAGAAGGGUGGAA